AUGAACAAACCGGAAGAACUCUGCAUUGGAACCUGGACCUGGAUUGAAGCAAAGCUGCGAACUGGAACAAGACUCUGGAUUAAGACAAGAUGGAACUGCUAUAUGAUUAAGGACAAAUUCAAUAUCAAGAAUAAGUUGGAAGUGGCCGCUCGAUAUGGAUAUCCAUUCAGGGAAUAUUCCCUGGGUGGCGACGAGGACGACGAAGAUAGCCCCAGAUUGAGUGGGAUCAGUUUCGUGGCUCAUAUUAGCAUGAGGAGGAUACUGAGAGGAUAUAUCCAGAGCUCUGCGAUAUACAAUACAGUGGAUAAUCUAGUGGCUGAAUUAAACACACCCGAAACUAGCAAAUAUGCUAAAGUAUACCGAGUUGCUAAUGUUGUUAAUUGGGAUAGAUGAUGAGCAGUAAUAACGUUAUGCUAGUGUUAUGCGGUUCCUUACAGCCACAGGAUAAGUAGCGAAUUUAAGUACGGUAAGGCCAAGCUGUAGUUAAAAGGGGCAGUAAUUAAAUGUUCAGAGAGUCUUGUUCACUUCUAUCCUAUGAGAAAACGUGGAGCCCUGAUACUUGUCUUGACUGUGAGUACUAGAC